AUGGCGAGCUUUAACUUUGACACGUGGUGUACGGCUACUAAACUAACAGAAACGAGUGUGGAUAUCCUCAAGAAAGAGGAUCUCGAUACCGAGGAAGCCCUACAGCUCCUCACUCCGACGGAUUUAGAGAAAUUGGGGCUGAGCAUAGGGCAGAAACGCGUUCUGGAAGCGGCACUGAAAAAGUUGCGAAAGGAUGUCAACGAAAAACCCUCGCCAGGAGAUGCUACGGGUGCGAGCGACCCAAUCACUACAAAAUCACUAGCGAGCGAUGGAGGUUUGGAAGAAAUUCUGAAGAAAAUUGAAAGUGCAGGCUCGCUGGACGAAUCUCUCCUGGCCCUAGGAUCGACCGACUUUUCCUCGGCAAAACCACCAGCGUUAAACACGUCCACUCUUCCCCGACUAGAUAACGACCCGCACGUGUUUCUUGGCCUACAGCAAAAGGGAAUAAGCGCUAAACAAGGUGAGAAGCCUCUGUUAAUACCCGACUUUGUAACCCUGGGAACUUAUGACAAUCGCGAAGAAGAGCAAGAAAUUGGAAAUAACUCUAGUGGGGCAAAAAUUGUAAUUCGCUCAGCGAGGGGAAAACCAAAAUUAGAACAUGUCACCCUUUCUAUGUGGGUCGCCGCAAACUCGCGAAUUAUGCACGAGCUCCUUCGAACAGGAAAACUGUCAGCAACCACUACCGCCAUCGCUGAUUACCUGGCUUACACAAUAAAAUUUGCUGAACUCCUCGAGUCCCAUACACUCGCCUCGGCUUUGGCGUAUGAUAACGAGUAUCGCAAAUUACAGUGCGAAUAUGGCUUUCGAUGGGGGAGCAACUCGCAGCACCUUCAUACCAGAUUUCUGAUUAAACGCCGUCCUUCGCAGACCCCAGCUGCAACCUCACCCAACGCACAGAGAUUUCCCCCACGCCUUAACCGCCAACCACAAACCUCACCCACAGCUCCAAUUUGCCGCCAAUUUAAUUCGUUAACGGGAUGCCUUUGGCCAAACUGCCGCUUUCAGCAUGUUUGCUUGGUGCCAAAUUGCAACCAGCGUCAUCCACAGCACGAACAUCCAACAGCGCCCACAGCGUGA